GAAAGAAAGCGGUCGCCAAGUGAAGAGGGAAAGAAGAUGCCAGCGCCACUGCCGCCAAACUCAUCAUCGCCGAAUGCGAAGCGCCGACGUAAUGAGCCCCUGAAGGCACUGAACGUACGUGCACGUCCUGGGACACCACAACAAUCGACUAGCUCGACACCUGUGACAGCACGACCACCGGCGCAACCGCGACAAUCUUUGCUGCCACCGAAAACUGUCCAGAAAGGUGAUAAAUGA